CUACUUUCAUCUCCUACAAAUACUCCAUGCGCUUCCCUACUUUUCCUAACAUCAUCCGCACAUUCUACACUCUCAGCAACUACAGUCGUGUUUCAUCGCAAGCUCAAUACAAAGCUCUCAAUAACUUCUCUCGAGUCACUGUCUACAAGUCAAUGCCUACGUUCCCCUUCCUAUCUAGUCUCUUCAGUUCCAGCAGCUCUUCCUCCGACAUGUCUUAUCCAGUCCAAAAGAGUGAUGAUGAGUGGCAAGCUGUUCUCUCCAAGGAGCAAUUCCGCGUCUUGAGAGAGAAAGGCACUGAAGCUCCUUUCGUUGGCAAAUACGACAAGCAUAUGCCAGAUACUGGUAUCUACACCUGCGCUGCCUGCGACGCUCCUCUCUACAAAGCUUCACACAAAUUCAAAUCAGGAUGUGGAUGGCCAGCAUACUUUGACAACAUCCCAGGCGCUGUCACUCGCCACACCGAUUCUACCCUUGGAAUGUCGAGGACCGAGAUUGUUUGCUCCAACUGCGGUGGACACUUGGGACAUGUUUUCAAGGGCGAGGGAUACGCAAAUCCUACAGAUGAGAGACAUUGUGUAAACAGUGUCAGCAUGAAGUUCUCACCGGAAGAUGAAGUGGUCGAUAAGGCGGAUAGCAAGGUGUAAAUGGAUUAGGAGGGUUUGACGUCAAGGGGUGAAGCAUGGAGAGCGGGUGCGCUGGAGGGAUUGUGAAUACAAGGCGAUACAAGAAUACACUUGAGGA